AAAAGUACUGCCCGGUCUUCAAGCGUAAACUAAGGCAAGAGUCUGGUGCGGUGUGUGAGACGUGUAAGUUCAGGGCAUCAGGGAAUCCCCAACGCGCGUACCGUAAUAGAAGAGGGCGCGGUUCCUCACCUAACCCACAAUGCUCAGCUUGCCUUUCCGGAAACAAGGACUGUCACCUCGACAAUGCCUUCAUCCUGGCGGAAGCGUCUUGCCCAUACUCUGAUUAGAAGUGACGAAGCGAGGUAUUGUGGGACUCUGUCCGUCUUCCAGUACGCAUGUGUCAGCUGGUCUCUCUCGGCUUUUGGAGCCACGUUCGGGCGGUGGCGGCGACGCGAGAAGCACGUCAACGAAACCAGCCAAUCCCCUGCGCGCGCAAGCGCAGUGGCUCGGCAGCACCGGAAGCGCAGGGGGAUGGGGCAGUGGUGACGCGAUUCUGUCCGCGUUGGAGGGGCUGGGCCGCGGCUGAAGUCGCCGCGGCCGCCGCGUGACGUGGCACAGCCAAAGCCUAAAGGCUAGAGCCGGAGCUGCCGCGCCAGUCGCCUAGCAGGUCCUCUACCGGCUAAUUCCUGUCCCGGAGCUUCCUCGGCACAGCUGCCAGCGAGACGUUCCAGCCUCCCUGUUUCUUCCUCCGCUUUCUCUUCUUUCUUGUUUAGUUUGCUGGGAGCGCGAAAGGAGAAAGCACGGGGCCGCCCCAAACGCCUUUUGCUUCUGCCCAUCGCAAGUGCCACUACCGCUAUGGGCCUCACUAUCUCCUCCCUUUUUUCCCGCCUCUUUGGCAAGAAGCAGAUGCGCAUUUUGAUGGUUGGAUUGGAUGCUGCUGGCAAGACAACCAUUCUGUAUAAACUGAAGUUAGGGGAGAUAGUCACCACCAUUCCUACCAUUGUUACUGAAACAAUCUUUCCCCAGGGUCUUAUUUUUGUGGUAGAUAGCAAUGAUCGUGAAAGAAUUCAGGAAGUAGCAGAUGAGCUGCAGAAAAUGCUUCUGGUAGAUGAGUUGAGAGAUGCAGUGCUCCUGCUUUUUGCAAACAAACAGGAUUUGCCAAAUGCUAUGGCCAUCAGUGAAAUGACAGAUAAACUAGGUCUUCAGUCUCUUCGUAACAGAACAUGGUAUGUUCAAGCCACUUGUGCAACACAAGGAACUGGUCUGUAUGAAGGACUUGACUGGCUGUCAAAUGAGCUUUCAAAACGUUAAAUGAAACUGGAUAACUAACCAAGGACAUGUUUGAUAAAAUUGGUCUAGGCUUGUUACAACAAAAUUAGUUUGUAUCUUGGUUAUUAAACAGUAUCUGGGACUGGUUUGGGCAGAACUUAUUUUGUUGCCAAUUAUUGUUUACCAAGUAUAAUGUUGCUAUUUAGCAAUGUUAUUGGUUUUAAAAAAAUUCUCCUUGGGGAAUAAGUAUCCUCUUUCAAUUUUACUUCCUAUAAGCCUAAAUGCCUGGACAAAGCUAUUGUGAAACCUUUAAAUAAAUCUGUUUUGAGUGGUUUUUGAGCCCCAGACAAAUAAUGUUUUAAAGUUAUCCCCUUGCUACUUUACUGACACCUUUAUCAUUCCUGAGACAGUCUGCUAAUUUUAAAAUGUAGCAUUCCAUUUGUAUUUAUUUCUCUCCCUUGCCAAAAAUGAUUUUCUAAUAUUGCUUGUACCAGCCAGGGAAAGAUCCAAAACACUAUUCAGCUCUCUUGCACUGAGGAAAUUUUUUCCCCCUGCAUUGACUCCUGGCCUACAUCAGCCAAACUUACCUCAGUGUGGUUUGGAUUUGAUAGCUAAUUAGUUCCGUGCUGGUUGCAAAGAAUUGAUAUUUAGAUGGUUUUUAAUAUUCAGCAGAUUGUCUUCCUUUAUAUCAUGUCUUUUUUUUAUGUUGCAUGUUGCUUUUGUUAUCAGCCUGAUUUUUUGCUCAGUAUAUGAUAAUUCUGCUGAUGUUUUAUUAUUGGGCAGACAUAUCUUCAUUAAGAGUUUUUGGAAAACUCAUCAAAUUCAAUGAAUACAUUUUCUUCAUAACCCAUUUGGAAUUAUUCCUAAUAAAAUGGUAAAAUACGUAA